AUGUCAGUCCAUCUGCAAUGGAUGGUCGGGCGAAAAUGCUCCAGUUUCCUGAUCAAGAGGAAUGAGCAUAUUCACAGCAUCAAGCCCAAUAACCUGAACUGCGUCAGCACCUUGCUCGACAACAAGCUGCUUCACCCCAAGACCAGGGGCUUCCAGCCUGCUGCUGAUGGCAAGGGGCUGAUGGUGGUCCUGAAGCCAAGGCAGAGAUGA